AUGCAAAAACUGACGGAGCGCACAGACGACCUGAAGCAGAGAAUCACUGCUCGUGGAAAGUGGAUUCGGCAAUAUACCGAGAGGUUGACAAGGUUCAAUAAGAAUCGUCUCUACCAGGGUGAUCAGAAGAGGCUCCAUAAAUCAUUGGAUCGAUCAAUGGUAAGUGAAAAGGACCCAGUACCGAAUAAGGCCGAUACUGUUGCAUUCUGGCGCGGCCUGUGGUCAGAGCCCGUAAACCAGCGAGGGCCCUUGGACGGAAGUUUUAGCGAUUCAGUGUGUGAGUAUUACGCCCAUGGAUCCCGUCGUCAUAAUGCCGGAUGA